CCUCCCAAGCCAGUGAUGUUUCCCCAGGAUCCUGCUUGAAGACUCCAUUGGCUGUUGGGGUCUCAGUCAGCAGUACCUGGGAGGAAGGUUCUGUGACCACCUGAAACCCGGUGGGGGGGCAGGACCUCUCACAGUGGACACUGGCAGACAUGCCAUGAAUCAGAGAUAAGAUGUGCCAGACAUAGGGGCCACCCAGCUCUCAAAACCACACACUCUCCCAUGUCCAUUCACCGUGGUACUGAGGGCUGUGGCUACUUGUCUGACUUCUCACUGUUCUCACCCAGCUCAGAUCUCACUCUCUAGGGGCUUGCUCUCCAGGCACAGUCAGGGUCCCUACCUACCAACCCCCAUCAUCCUGUGUGGCCUGCAGCCCACCCCAUCUCUCCCGCAUGCUACCUAUGAGACCAGGGAGUUGGGGGAAAACCUGGGGGCCAGGCAGAGUCACGAUAUUCUGGGCCUGACCAUCUCCAAGGCUCUUCCAUCCCAGAAACAUUAUCCCCUGUGGUCCAGCCACAAGGUCACAAGGGGGCCAGCGUCAUGGGUCCUGUUGACUUCACUGCCAAUGAGGCUGGGAGGUAAGGAGGUGCUAUCGGAGCCCUAACACGAAAUGCUGGGUGAAAACUUGGACUACCCACAGUACCUUUGGACAGAUCUGGAAAAGGUGCUCCUUCUUCUGGCAUCUACAGUUCCCGUCUGCAGAACCCAGGCAGGUUCAGACCCCUAGUUCCAACAGUGCCCAGGCACCCAAGCUCUGGCCAACAGCAUAGUUCUUGGCCCUGGAGAUACAGCAGCCUCAGCAGAACAAAGCCUCCUCAUGCCUGGGAGGGCUGGGAGGCCAGGGGUGGGUGUCUGAGUCACCACCUGACUUUUUGAGCUCACUCUGCAGUUGUCCAGUCCUGUGGGGUGGCCCUAAGCCUGUCCUUGUAGGAAAUGACAGCUGAAGUCUGAGCUUUCCUGAGGAACCAGGCAGGCACUUUAUACAGGUGGGACCUGGCUCUGGGCAGAGAGGACCCAGGCAUGGUAAGUGGACAGCCAGGCAGACCACUGGGCAGGGCCAUGUGACAGUGUGUGCACAUGUGCAUGGGUGUGUUUGUACAUGUGUGUGUGUGCUCGUGAAUAUACACACAUAGGUAUGAGAAGUACAUGCCCUACAGCUGCCAUGGUCUGGGCAGGAUGAAGGAAACAUCAUUUGGCCUUCAGGAACCCCAGAUCCCCAGAACAACCAUGGACCCCUGGAGUCCAUUUACCCUGGAAUUGCCUGAGACUGAACACAAGAUUGUUGUGAACCCUGUGCUCUGCCAGAGCUUCCAGGAGUCCCUGUCCUCCCUCCCAACACCUAGGCAUUGGACAGCAGGCUCCCCAGGCCUCUCCAGCCUCCUCUUGUCACCCAUCCUCUCAGUUAAGUCUUCAAAAUCAUGGGGUGCCCCUGAGGAUUCCCUCAGUUGCCCAGAGACGCUCAGCCAUGGUUCUCCCACCUCAGGCCAGCAGGAAGACAAAGAAAAAGGAAAGUGGUGUCCUGUGUGUCCAAAGGGCAUCCUCCAAUGUCUUCUCCAACUUCAAGCAGACCCAGAUCCAAGUGUUCAAAGAGGCAUUCACACUCAUGGAUCAGAACCAAGAUGGCUUCAUUGACAAGGAGGACCUGAAGGACACCUAUGCCUCCUGGGUAGGCAAAAUUAAUGUGGAGGAUGACAAGCUGGAGGUCAUGCUUAAGGAGGCCUCAGGGCCCAUUAACUUCACCAUGUUCCUGAACCUGUUUGGGGAGAGACUGGUGAGCUCCUGGCCCUUCGGCAGGAGUGGUAGUCCUGGAAGUCAGUUCCUAACACUUAGAAAGCCGUACUUUUCCCAUCUCUCAAGAAGCUUAUCCGUGACCCAGAGGCACACUCAGCCUCCAACAGCCAAGCUGUUGGAGGCCUCUGUCCUUCGUUCAUGGAGCCCUAGCUCUCAAUUGCAGUGCUGGCCUGCCCCCUUGAGAACCAUCCUUAAUGCCUUUAAGAUGUUCAAAGGCAAAGGCAGCAUCCACAGGGAGUAGGGAGUGCAGGUUUGGGAAGAGUCUGCCCUGUUGAGGGUCUGCAGCUCCUGGACCCCAAGCCCGCUUCCAGGGCUUCACUCUAGGGCCUUGGAUGACCUCCAGACCAGAGUCUAGUACCCAUUUGGGGCACUCAUGACCUAGGCAGUCAUUGUCUCUAGAACCAUUGCUCUGUCUUUAGUCCCUUUUAUAGAAAGUUAUCUUGCGCAGGGCACUGGAGAAAGAGAAUAUUAUGGUGUCCCAGGCACUUCCGUCUGCCCCAUCAGAUACCCCCAGACAAGACCCCAGGAGUGACCAAAGUCAGGACGGUCUCUGAUGACCACCAAAGAGGAGUGCAGACAGAGCAGGCCCCUCCCUCAAGCCUCCCACCCGACAAGCUGCAGUUGUGAACUCACCACCCCUCCUAAGGCACCCUAAUUCAGCCGGUUCCCCUUCUCAGCAUCAAACACCUGAUGAUGAUGUCUCAGGCUGACAAGAUGACAACAUGUGAGGUUAGUGCAGCCCAGCCACAGCCUCUCUUUCCAAAUCUCUGCAGGCCCAAGCAUGGCAGAAGGGCAGCUGAGGGAAGUGGGGGCAGGCUGAGAGGACACUCAGAACAGGCCCCUGGGGGCUGGCAGAGUGGUUCAAGCAUGAGGCUCUGAGUUCAAACCCCAUACUUGGGGGAGGGGUCACAGAACAGGCCUAGGGUCUGACACAGUGGCCCUUGGGAUGAAUCUCCUGAAGGAGGUUGAACUGACUCAGUAGGCAAGUCAGGUUUGGAGGCCACUCAAGCCAGAGAAGUCUCUCCUGACCUGCGAAACAUGUGCCCCUUC